UAAAACUGUGUUCUUCCUGUUUUUCAGAAAGUAAUGGAGGUGAAAGAAAAGGAAACACCACAUUCAUCUGUAGUUAGAGAUGAUGAAGACAUCCAGUGUGAUGAAGAAGAAAAGUUGCCACUUGAUGCUGGAGAGAGAGCGAGCGAGUCUUUAAGCAGAGCGAGGGCUGCAGACAUGUCCGUCUCCACCCAGCUGGGUCUGUUGCUGUGGAAGAACUUCACCUACAGACGACGACGGAUGCUUCAGCUCCUGGUAGAGAUCAUCUGGCCGCUCCUGAUCUUCUUCAUCCUCAUCAUGGUUCGCCUCAACUACCCUCCGUACGAACAGCACGAAUGUCAUUUUCCCAACAAGGCGAUGCCGUCGGCCGGCACGUUGCCAUGGCUACAGGGAAUCCUCUGUAACGCUGACAACCCGUGCUUCAGGAGCCCGACGCCGGGCGAGUCUCCGGGCGUCGUCGGGAACUUCAACGGCUCCAUUUUUUCCAGAAUAUCUCGAAUGUUUUCGGACGCCAAGAAGAUUCUUCUGUACAUUCAGAACGAUAAAAGCCUGGAAGGAUUUCAGGAACUCGUUCAGGCUCUCAAGGUUCUGCAGGAGAGCCGAAAAGGAUUCAAGUUGAAGGACUUCCUGCGGGACGGUGAGACUCUGUCCACGUUCCUGAAAAACACUAAACUACUCUAUGAAAACGACGUCCCGCUGAUCAUGGACGCCAAUGUCAACCUGGAGAAGGUGCUCCUGAAGGGGUUCGGCGUCCACCUGAGGGACAUGUGUCCCAGGAAGGGCAGCAAGCAUGCCGUGAAGGACUUUGUGACGAUCUCGGACCCUUGGGCAUCCUGGCAGGUAGAGAAAGUGAUCUGUGAGGAGCCGGCCAGCUGGCUGGACCACGCUGAGGAGAUCUUCCUCAACAACCUGGACUUCCUGAAACCCAUCAAGAGGGACGUGACGUCCGCCCCCGAGGCCGUCAAGCUGGUUGUCAGGGCAACCAACAACCUCCUGGACAGUCUGGGUUCGCUGAUGGUCGAGCUGGCCGGUAUGAACAGCUGGGUGGAUCUGAGGAAGGAGAUCAUCUUCCUGACCCAGAACGCCACGUCGUCUCCCAGCUCCAUGUACCAGGCCGUCUCCAGGAUCGUGUGCGGACACCCAGAGGAGGGGGGCCGGCAGAUCAAAUCCCUCAACUGGUACGAUGACAGCAGCUACAAGGCGCUGUUCGGUAACCAUGGCAACAGCAACGAGGACGAGCCGGCUGCCCUCUACGACAACUCCUCCACUCCCUACUGUAACAGUCUGGUCCAGAGCAUGGACUCUAACCCGAUGUCCAGGAUGAUCUGGCAGACUCUGAAGCCUCUGCUGCUGGGGAAGAUCCUGUACACGCCCCACACCCCCGCCACCCAGAGGGUCAUCCACGAGGUGAACCGGACCUUCCAGGAGCUCAGUGUGUUCAGGGACCUGGGCGGGAUGUGGGAGGAGAUGAGACCCAAAGUCUGGAAGUUCAUGGAGAACAGCGAGCAGAUGGACCUGCUCCGGACUCUGCUGAAGAACAACGUCACCGCCAGCUUCUUCAGAGAUCAGCUGAGCGGCACCGACUGGACCGUCGCCGACGUCUCCUACUUCCUGUCCAAGCAGGCACCGGACCCCCGCAGGCCGGGCGGUGCCGUCACCUGGAGGGAGGUGUUCAACGAGACGGACCAGGCCAUCAUGAGCAUCUCCCGCUUCAUGGAGUGUGUAAACCUGGAUAAACUGGAGCCUGUCUCCAGCGAGGAGCGGCUGGUGAACCGGUCCAUGGUUCUGCUGGAGGACAGGAAGUUCUGGGCGGGGAUCGUGUUCCUGGACGUUGAGCCCAACGCCACCGAGCUGCCGACCAAACUCAACUACAAGAUCCGCAUGGACAUCGACAACGUGGAGAGGACCAAUAAGAUCAAAGAUGCGUACUGGGACCCCGGUCCCCGGGACGACCCCUUUGAGGACAUGAGGUACAUCUGGGGUGGGUUCUCGUACCUGCAGGACGUCAUUGAGCAAGGCAUCAUCAGAGCCAUGACGGGCACCAAGGAGAAGACGGGCGUCUACAUCCAGCAGAUGCCCUACCCCUGCUACGUAGACGACAUCUUCCUGCGGGUGAUGAGCCGCUCCAUGCCUCUCUUCAUGACGCUGGCCUGGAUGUACUCGGUGGCGAUCAUCCUGAAGAGCGUGGUGUACGAGAAGGAGGCGUGGCUGAAGGAGACCAUGAGGAUUCUGGGAUUGAACAACGGCAUCCUGUGGGUCAGCUGGUUCAUCAGCAGCCUGAUUCCUCUGCUGGUCAGCGCCGGGCUGCUGGUGCUGCUGCUCAAGGUGGGGAACCUGCUGCCCUACAGCGACCCCGGUGUGGUCUUCCUCUUCCUGGGAUCCUUUGCCGUGGUAACCAUCAUGCAGUGCUUCCUCCUCAGCACGGCAUUCGCCCACGCCAACCUGGCGGCCGCCUGCGGAGGGAUCAUCUACUUCACGCUCUACCUGCCCUAUGUGAUGUGUGUCGCCUGGCAGGACUACUUCGGCUUCGGAGCCAAAGUCUUCGCCAGCUUCCUGUCCCCCGUGGCGUUCGGGUUUGGCUGCGAGUACUUUGCCCUGUUCGAGCAGCAGGGGGUCGGCAUCCAGUGGAAGAACCUGGUGUCCAGUCCUCUGGAGGAGGACGACUUCAGCCUCCGCACCGCCAUCAUCAUGAUGUACGUCGACUCCUUCCUCUACGGAGUCCUCACCUGGUACAUCGAGGCCGUGUUCUUAGGUCAGUACGGGAUCCCUCGGCCCUGGUACUUCCCCCUCAGUAAGUCCUACUGGUUCAGAGAGAAAGAGGGAAAGUCCAACAGCUUUCCUCUGAGCCGGAGAGGAAACCCAGAAGCUGUGAACAUCGAGGAGGAGCUGGCUCACCUGCAGCCCAGCGUCUACAUCGAGGAGGAGCUGGCUCACCUGCAGCCCAGCGUCUACAUCGAGAACCUGGUGAAGGUUUAUCGCCACGGGAAGAAGCUGGCGGUGGACGGACUGACCCUCGGCUUCUACGAGGGACAGAUCACAUGCUUCCUGGGACACAACGGAGCCGGGAAAACCACCACCAUGUCCAUCCUGACGGGUCUGUUCCCUCCGACCUCUGGUACCGCCUACAUCCUGGGCAGAGACAUCCGGACGGAGCUGAGCGCCAUCAGACAGAGUCUGGGAGUCUGUCCUCAACACAACGUCCUCUUCAGCAUGCUGACGGUGGAGGAACACAUCUGGUUCUACGGCCGGCUCAAAGGUUUGUCGGAGCAGCAGGUGAAAGACGAGAUCGAGCAGAUCCUGCAGGACACGGAGCUGCUGCACAAACGCAGCGCCCGGGCCAACGAGCUGUCUGGAGGCAUGCAGAGGAAACUCUCGGUGGCGCUGGCCUUCGUCUGGGGGUCAAAGGUCGUGAUCCUGGACGAACCCACGGCCGGAGUCGGCCCGUACACUCGCAGAGUAAUCUGGGACCUGCUGCGCAAGUACCGGCCCGGGCGGACCAUUAUCCUGUCAACACACCACAUGGAGGAGGCGGACAUUUUGGGUGACCGCAUCGCCAUCAUCUCCCACGGGAAGCUGUGCUGCGUGGGCUCGUCUCUGUUCCUGAAGAACCAGCUGGGGACGGACUAUUUCCUGAAGCUGGAGAAGAAGGAACUGGAACCAUCGCUCAGCUCCUGCAGGAACUGCUGCACCGUGUCCUUCAACAAGAAGGAGGAGAGCAGCGAACAUGAAAGUGAAGCUGCUGCCAUCGAGACCAGAGAGACGGACCGGCUCAGCUGUUCAGACAGGAAAGGCCCGUAUCAGGUGAAAGGCUGGAGUCUGAAGCAGCAGUUUGUGGAUCUGAUGUGGAAACGAUUUCUCAACGCUCGCCGCUCCCUCAAGGGCUUCUUCGCUCAGAUUGUUCUCCCGGUGGUGUUUGUGUUCAUCGCGCUGGUCUUCAGUCUCAUCGUCCCUCCGUUUGGGAAGUAUCCGAGUCUGGAGCUGCAGCCCUGGAUGUACGAGGACCAGGUCACCUUCAUCAGUGAUGAUUCACCCGGAGACUCCAACAUGCAGAAGUUACUUGGCGCUCUGUUGGACGCGCCAGGCUUCGGGACUCGCUGCAUGGACGGACAUCCCAUCCCAGAGGCUCCGUGUACGAUGGGCGAUGACGACUGGAGAACUCCAGAGGUCCCUGGAAGCAUCACGCAGCUGUUCAGCUCGUCCAACUGGACGAUGGACGACCCGUCUCCGGCGUGCAUCUGCAGCUACGACGGCCAGAAGAAGAUGCUGCCGGACUGUCCUGCUGGAGCUGGGGGGCUGCCACCGCCAGAGAUGAAGCUGAGCACCACCGACUCUCUUCAGAACCUGACGGGGAGAAACAUCUCCGACUACCUGGUGAAAACAUACGCCGACAUCAUCGGCAAGAGUUUGAAGAACAAAGUUUGGGUGAAUGAAUUCAGGUACGGAGGGUUCUCAUUGGGCGCCAGGAGCACUCAGGUCCUCCCUCCGGCCAAUGAGGUCGAUGACGCCAUCGAGCGAAUCAGAAAGAUCUUUGAGUUACAGAAGGGCGCGGCUGCUGAUCGAUUCCUCGACAGUUUGUCCGGUUUUAUUAACGGUUUGGACACGACGAACAACGUCAAGAUCUGGUUCAACAACAAAGGCUGGCACAGCAUCGGCGCCUUCAUCAACGUGAUGAACAACGCCAUCCUGCACGCCAACCUGCCGCCGGGCCGAAACGCCAGUCGCUACGGCAUCAGAGCCUUCAACCAUCCUCUGAACCUCACCAAGGAGCAGCUGUCACAGGUCGCUCUGGUAACGACCUCCGUGGAUGUCCUGUUGUCCAUCUUUGUGAUCUUCGCCAUGUCCUUCGUCCCCGCCAGCUUCGUGGUCUUCCUCAUCCAGGAGCGAGUCAGCAAACCCAAAGACAUGCAGUUCAUCAGUGGCGUGCAGCCGCUGCUCUACUGGGUGGCCAACUUCUUCUGGGACAUGUGUAACUACAUCGUCCCGGCAACGCUGGUCAUCAUCAUCUUCAUCAGUUUCCAACAGAAAGCCUACGUCUCCUCCACCAACCUGCCGGUGCUCGUGCUGCUGCUGCUGCUAUACGGCUGGUCGAUCACUCCUCUGAUGUACCUGGCGUCGUUCUUCUUUAAGAUCCCGAGCACGGCGUACGUCGUCCUCACCAGCAUCAACAUCCUGAUCACCAUCAACUGCAGCAUCUCCACCUUCAUCAUGGAGCUGUUCGGGAACAACGAGAUCGGAGGAAUCAACAUCAUCCAGAAGAACGUCCUGCUCAUCUUCCCUCACUUCUGUCUCGGCCGAGGACUCAUCGACAUGGUGAAGAACCAGGCCAUGGCCGACGCCCUCCAGAGAUUUGGUGAGAACAGGUUCCGCUCUCCUCUGGAGUGGGACAUGGUGGGGAAGAACCUGUUCGCCAUGGCUGUGGAGGGAGUCGUGUUCUUCAUCAUCACCAUCCUCAUCCAGUACAGAUUCUACAUCAAACCCAGGCCGAUCUGUACACUCACCAAACUGGGAGCGCUGGGAGAAGAGGUGUUUAAGAGGAAACAGAAGCCAGCGAUGGACCGACUGUGUGUUGGGAUUCCACCUGGAGAGAUGUUCACAGAGAUCUACAUCACAAAGGGAGGGACUGCAGGGGUCAAUGAUGAACAUGAGGUCAGACAGAUUGAAACAGCAUCCUGGAAACCAGACGGACCAGAAACAACAAUCAAACAGGAAGACAUCUUUCAAACCCCACCUGGAAGAAAUGAACCAAUCAGAACAGUGAUGACAAUGGGAGUGGCUGGCAUCGGGAAAACAGUCUUAACACAGAAGUUCACUCUGGACUGGGCUGAAGGCAAAGCCAACCAGGACAUCCAGUUCACAUUUCCAUUCACCUUCAGAGAGCUGAAUGUGCUGAAAGAGAAAAAGUACAGCUUGGUGGAACUUGUUCAUUACUUCUUUAGUGAAACCAAAGAAGCAGGAAUCUGCAGGUUUGAAGAGUUCCCUGUUGUGUUCAUCUUUGACGGUCUGGAUGAAUGUCGACUUCCUCUGGACUUCCUCAACACUGAGACCCUGACUGAUGUUACAAAGUCCACCUCAGUGGAUGUGCUGCUGACAAACCUCAUCAGGGGCAAACUGCUUCCCUCUGCUCGCCUCUGGAUAACCACACGACCUGCAGCAGCCAAUCAGAUCCCUCCUGAGUGUGUUGACAUGGUGACAGAGGUCAGAGGGUUCACUGACCAACAGAAGGAGGAGUACUUCAGGAAUAGAUUCAGAGACAAGAAGAAGGCCAGCAGAAUCAUCUCCCACAUCAAGACAUUACGAAGCCUCCAUAUCAUGUGCCACAUCCCAGUCUUCUGCUGGAUCACUGCUACAGUUCUGGAGGACAUGUUGAAGACCAGAGAGGGAGGAGAACUGCCCAAGACCCUGACUAAGAUGUACAUCCACUUCCUGGUGGUUCAGUCCAAAGUGAAGAACAUCAAGUAUGAUAGAGGAGGUGAGACAGAUCCACAUUGGAGUCCAGAGAGCAGGAAGAUGAUCAAGUCUCUGGGAAAACUGGCUUUUAAGCAGCUGCAGAAAGGCAACCUGAUCUUCUAUGAAUCAGACCUGACAGAGUGUGGCUUCGAUAUCAAAGCAGCCUCAGUGCACUCAGGAGUGUUCACACAGAUCCUUAAAGAGGAGAGUGGACUGUCCCAGGACACAGUGUUCAGCUUCGUCCAUUUGAGUGUUCAGGAGUUUCUGGCUGCUCUUCAUGUCCAUCUGAAAUUCAUCAAGUCUGGAGUCAACCUGCUGUCAGAAGAACAAACAACAACAACAACAACAACAUCAACAACAUGUUUUUACCAGAGUGCUGUGGACAAGGCCUUACAGAGUCCAAAUGGUCACCUGGACUUGUUCCUUCGCUUCCUCCUGGGUCUUUCUCUUCAGACCAAUCAGACUCUGCUAGGCCUGCUGACAAAGACAGGAAAUAGUUCACAAACCAAUCAGGAAACAGUCAAGUAUAUCAAGAAGAAGAUCAGUGAGGAUCUGUCUGCAGAGAGAAGCAUCAAUCUGGUCCACUGUCUGAAUGAACUGAAUGAUCGUUCUCUAGUGAAGGAGAUCCAUCAGUCCCUGAGAUCAGGAAGUCUCUCCACAGAUAAACUGUCUCCUGCUCAGUUGUCAGCUCUGGUCUUAUUGUCAUCAGACGAAGAUCUGGAUGUGUUUGACCUGAAGAAAUACUCUGCUUCAGAGGAGGCUCUUCUGAGGCUGCUGCCAGUGGUCAAAGCCUCCAACAAAGCUCUGUAAAUGUGAUUUAUUCAUCAUUAAAUACUCUGAUAUCUUUUAACAGUAGUUAAAUAUAAAUCGC